UCCCUCUCGCUUUCUUUGCGGGGUUCAGUUUCACCUCUGUCAACUCUCUGUGUUCUGUGCGUCAGUCUGGUAGAAAUUUUUUUAGCGUCUACACGCUGCAAGUUCGUCGCAUUUUUUUUAAUUCGUAUCGUCUACACCCAAAUUUUUUAAAAAUGGCAUCAGGAGUCACCGUAUCUGACGUGUGCAAAACUACAUACGAGGAAAUUAAGAAGGACAAAAAACAUAGAUAUGUUAUCUUUUACAUUCGUGAUGAGAAACAAAUCGAUGUAGAGACUGUGGGUGAGCGUAAUGCUGAAUAUGACCAAUUCUUGGAAGAUAUUCAAAAGUGCGGACCCGGAGAGUGCCGCUAUGGUCUCUUUGAUUUUGAAUACAUGCACCAAUGUCAAGGUACCUCAGAAAGUUCCAAAAAACAAAAGCUUUUCCUUAUGUCCUGGUGCCCUGAUACUGCCAAAGUUAAGAAGAAGAUGUUGUACUCCAGCUCCUUCGAUGCCUUGAAAAAGUCUCUUGUCGGUGUCCAAAAAUACAUACAAGCUACCGAUUUAUCUGAAGCUUCCCGCGAAGCGGUCGAGGAAAAAUUGCGCGCCACUGACCGUCAGUAAGAUGAAUGCUUUUUUAUUAACACCAUUCUACCACCCAAUCCAAUAAAAUUACAUCAACCACAACACAAUAUUUGUAUUUUGAAGCAGAAAUAAUGAAACAUUGAAUUUCAGCUUUUUAUAAAUAAUAAUAAAAAUUAAACAAAAAAAAAAAAACACUAAAAAUUACCCUUUAUAA